UAUUAUAAGCUUCUAAUUACUUACUUAAUUAGUAACGAAUCAUCCGUUAAUUACUUGUUACAGUUUGAACAACUUUAUAGAGAUGAGUGUAGGUUAUCUGCAUACAAUCAACUUGACAAUUUUUGCGAUUCAAUCUCUAUGAACCUCCAUGAUAUUAACAAAAACAGAAUUCGUGUUUUUCGCAGGAAAUUAUCUGAUGAUAUGCGAGAGGCUUUGUCCAGUAUGAUAUUUGCAGCAUCGAGAUGUGGUGAAUUGCCGGAGAUGCAUUCAUUAAGGAAUUUACUAAUAUGGUUAACCAAGCAAUAUCUCACACAUGUCACAAAUGUAAAAGAAGACAUAAAGCUCCAAAUCAUUGAUGAAAUUUUCAGUACAAAGGACAACAACUCAUGGGUUGAAAGCUUAAAUUGUGAGAUUUAUACUUCAAAGAGAACCAGAAGGAAUAAAACCGUCAACAACAAUAUAAUGUAAUGUAAUUUCACAGGUGAAAUUUGGGGAGAAAAAUCGCCUCGAGUACGACUACAAUCGCCUCAUGUCCAUCCGAAGCUUCCGGACUAUGAUAAUUUAGUUGCCAAAUUCAAAGAUAGCAAAGGAGAAAAUAUGUAUAAGACUAGUACAAAAUAUCAAUCUUUUUCUAAAUUGAUGAGGUUGUAGAAUUAUUUCAAUUACAUUAUGUAAAUUAGUGAAGAGAUAACCCCUAGGAUUUUCGUUGAGAAGGUUCGGAAAAUAAAAGUAUUAAACAUUUAAUUCGAACCCUAGACGUCAUGGGUAACUUUGAGCCCAGCUAUCAC